AUGGACAAUAAUUUCUAAUUACUAAACAAAUAAGCCUGUUUAGAAUAAUUAACAAAAUUGGGGAUUGAAUACAUUGCUCAUCACCAUGAUCCAGUUCCAACAAUGGAAGAUGUAGUUAAGAUUAAAGUUGCAGAUGGGACAGCAUACGUGAAAAAUUUAUUGUAUGUUGAUAAAAAAUCAAAUUACUAUUUGAUAUUGGCUAAUCACUCAACUCAAGUUGGCAAAUUGUUUUGGAAGACACUUGGAUUAGCAUCUGGAAAUAUGAGGUUAAGUAAAGAAGAGCAAAUUGCUGAAGCUCUGAAAUCAAGCAAAGGCAAUGUUAACCCCUUUGCCGUUGCCAAUGAUGCAAAUAAUUUAGUCAAAAAUAUUAUUAUUGACGAAGAGCUGACUAAAUAUUAAAGAUUAGCCUUACAUCCUAUUGAGAAUACAACUACAGUUGAAAUUUCACUUGAUGAUUUAUAAAACAAGUUCCUCAAAAUCUUAAACAGAUAAUUUACAGUUCUACAAUUAACAGACGCUGCUGCAGAAUAGAAAUUGGAACAACAAAAAGAAUAAUAAAAAGAAUAAUAGAAAGAAUAAUAGAAAGAUCAGUAAAAUUUAUAAACAUUGGCUAUAACAGUAAAAAAAUCAGAUUUCUCAGAAUGGUAUCAAUAAGUCAUAAGAAAAGCAGAAUUAAUUGAAUAUUACGAUGUUAGUGGGUGUUAUAUUUUGAGACCAUGGGCAUAUUUCAUUUGGGAAUAAAUAUAAAGAUAUUUUGAUGAUCUUAUUAGAACAGAAGAAGUUGAGAAUACUUAUUUCCCAAUGUUUCUAUCUGCUAAACAUUUAAAUAAGGAGAAGGAACAUGUAGAGGGAUUCAAAGCAGAAGUUGCUUGGGUAACAAAAUACGGGGAAAGCGAUCUAAAUGAACCUUUAGCCAUUAGACCCACAUCUGAAACAAUUAUGUAUCCAGCCUUUGCAAAAUGGGUGUAAAGCCAUAGAGAUUUGCCAUUAAAAGUGAAUCAAUGGACAAAUAUAGUGAGAUGGGAGUUCAAAUUUCCAACUCCAUUUAUUAGAACAAGAGAAUUCUUAUGGUAAGAAGGACACACAGCCCAUUCCACAAGAGAAGAAGCUGUUAAAUAGGUUUACACUAUCUUAGACUUCUAUGAAUAAGUUUAUGGUGAAUUAUUGGCUGUUCCAGUUAUUAAAGGAAUUAAAACAGAAUCAGAGAAGUUUGCAGGCGGUGAUUUCACUACAACAGUAGAAACUAUCAUUCCAUAAAAUGGAAGAGGUUUACAAGGAGCUACAUCUCACCAUUUAGGUUAAAAUUUCAGCAAGAUGUUUGAGAUUAAUUUUGAAGAUGAUAAGAAAUAAAAGGCAUUUGCUUGGUAGACAAGUUGGGGUUUAACCACUAGAUCAAUUGGAGCCAUGAUUAUGUUUCAUGGAGAUGAUAAAGGUUUAGUAUUACCCCCAAGGAUUGCUAAAUAUUAAAUAGUUAUUAUUCCAAUUAUCCAUAAAGAUCUUGAUGAGUAAUAGUUGAAUGAAAGAUGUGAACAAAUUAGACAAUUAUUGGUCAAAUAAAAAUUAAGGGUCCAUUUAGAUAGCAGAGACAAUUAUUCCCCAGGAUGGAAAUUUAAUAAGUGGGAAUAGAAAGGAGUUCCUAUUAGAUUGGAAAUUGGACCAGGAGAAUUCAAGAAUAAUGAAGUUAGGGUUGUUUAGAGAUUUGACAAUAAGAAAUAUCAAAUAAAAAUGGAAGAACUUAAUCAAUUAAAUCAAAUACUUGAUAAUAUUCAUAAUGCCAUGUUAGAGAAGGCUAGAACCGAAUUAAAUCAAAGAAUCAAAUAGGCUGAAAAUUGGAAAGAAUUUAUGAAUCAAUUAAAUCAAAGAAAUACUAUAUUAACUAAAUGGUGUGAAAGAUAAGAAUGUGAAAAGUAAGUGAAAACAAAGUCAGGAAUAGAAUCAAAGGAGAAGGAUUCAGAAAUUGAUGGAUAAGUCUAAUUAACUGGCAGUGCUAAGACUUUAUGCAUGCCAUUAAAGUAAGAUUAAGUAAAAGAAGGAGAAUUAUGCUUCAAUUGUGGCCAAUAGGCUAAGAAGUAUGUAUUAUGGGGAAGAUCAUAUUGAGAUAUUAAAUGUCCAAUAAUAUACAUAUAUUAAAUUA